UGACUCUGCGCGACUAGUGCCAAUUUUGACACGAGAAUAGCUCUGCCGGAAGAGGGACUCAAUAAUUUGAUUUACUUAUCUAAGACGCCGGGAGGGGAACACUCAACUGUACAUGGAAGUUCAUCCACCCUAGCGCAUGACUUCACCUCUAGCACACCCACGCGUCUAACAUGCACCUGCAUGGCAACAGUAGACAUGGAAGAUCUUGUCCCCGUGGAGUCUGACGAGACUUUAUUGUCCAUCUACAGGAAUCAGCUGUCUAGUUCGUUGCCUUUUGUCAUCAUUCCAGCUAGCACAACGCCAAGACAACUGCAGGCAACUCGUCCAUUUCUCAUGAAGGUAAUCAGAAUGGUGGCUUCCGUCCGCCAUCUUCGAUUGGUGAGGGGACAGAACCGCGCCGUUAUGGAACAUAUCUCUAAUGCUAUACUCAUGAGAUCUGAGCGCUCGUUGGAUCUCCUCCAAGGCAUUCUGGUUUUCCUAGGAUCCUACCACUACCAUUGCAUGGCUCAUGCGCAGUUCAACAAUCUGAUCCGCCUAGCAGUCAGCUUGGUAGAAGAUAUGGAUAUGAGUACAUGCCCCAAGUCUCAACAGAGAAGUCAGCUGCCUUUAGUACGUGUCGAAGAGCCCGUGUCCAGAACGAACGAAGAGAAGAGGGCGCUACUUGGCGUCUGGUAUAUGAGCUCAAACGCUGGCCUCGUUGUGAAACAGUUAGCAAUUACAAGAUAUACCAAAUAUCUGGAUCAAUGCCUUAAAGAUCUUGACGAUGCUAGAGAAUACAAGUCAGACCAACUUGUCAUACAGUUGGUCCAUAUCCAGCAACUCACCGAGAAAAUCUUCCAUUUCCACAGUAGUGAUUCACCGGUAGACGAACAGCUAGGUUCGCCCGAACCUUCAACGAUGUCGCGUCUAGAGGCAUUCCGAGCUGAGCUAGACAGCCUCCGGAACGCACUACCCCCGAAUCUUAAAUCCGAUUACCUUCUAUCUUGCUAUUACAAUAGUGCUUACCUCAGGAUAUUUGAGCCUCUACUGGUAGGAUCACACUUACCAGAUGCGGAAUCUCAAUCCUUCGCCUCGCUCUCGCUUUCAGGCGUGCCGAUAUCCGAUGUCUUCUCACAUUUCACUGCCGCGCUCAAGGCAUGGCUCGAGAAUUGGCUUGCCAUCCCGGUAUGCUCCUACUUCUUCAUGCCUCAGCCUGCCUACGUGCAGUUGGUCCAUGGCGCCAUGAUGCUUUCUCGAUGGGUAAGAGUAGCCGGGCCCAGCGCGGUCAAGCUUUCCAGUGCCGACACGGCCGUGUCGCAGAAAGAAUUCACGGUUCCCUGGCAACCAACGCCUGCUCUCAGCGGCGUGCCUUCAUGUCCAGAUCUGAGCUUGCCGAGACCUCCAGCCUCAGUAUCCACCCAAGUCGUGUCCGCCCAGAUACUCAACACGCUCAGGGCCAAGGUCACAGCUCAACCUAAUCUUCAGGUUGAUAUCCUCGGUAUCUUAGACACCAUGGCAGCUCGUUUUGAGGCCGCAAAGAAGGAGAUGGCCGCGGCGCAAGGGGUGGAUUGGGAGAAUGACACAUGGGACUUUGCUGCAAAACAUUUGAAGAUGAAGAAGGCUAGGGUCGAGAAAUGGCGUGAGAUGGUCGCCAUGGCGGCAGGCGAGGGGAGGAUCCUGCUGACCGAUGCCCAUGAGAGUGUUUACGAAGGGAGCAGAGAGGCCAUAAAUAUGUUGGCAAGGCGGAGCGUCGACGGUUCCGAAUGGUUAACAUUAGGCUAUGACGAGGACAACAUGCAGUGGGAGAGUGCUAUGUUUGAUGAGAUCGUGCGGGACAUUCAUACAGGAUCUGUCUACAAGUCCAUCGAUUGGAACACCGGCAUGCUGGUCGAUUUGUGAUUUGUGAGCGGACCAAACAUAGAAGUUUAACGGUUAGAAUUUGAGGUCUCCAUCGAGCGUCCGGACUUCUCAGCAACAAGGGCCUCUGGCACUCACCCGUAUGUUCUGGCACCGGGUUAAGCCCUAAGGUCAGCCAAAGACGACGACUACAUAUCUACGCACGUGGAUGAAAAUGAGUAAUGUUGGCUCUGUGC